UCCUUUUCAAACGUUUUCAUUCACUCUCUGAAUGUGUUAUAAGAAAUUUAAUUUUUGAACACAAUUCUACUCCAAAAGUUGGCAUCUACGUCAUACAUCGUACUAGAAAUUAAAUCGUAAGCAAUGGUAAUUAUAUCGAAGAAGUCCUCUACAUUCCCUGCUUAAAUCAUCUCAUUGAAUUUAAGACGGACGUAUAUAACCUAUACAUUCUUAUCCACACCUGGCUUCACGCGAUCCCGCUGUUGCAUUUGAGACUGCCAGUCCAUGACGGCGAGGAGCGCUGGAAGUACAUUGUCUUGGCCCGAAGGGACCGGUGUCUGCCUGGCAGCGGCAACCAGAUGAUCAGGACAGGUACUAACACGGUACCGUUAGCUGAUUAACGAUUUCUUUGGGCAAGGCUCUGCUUCUACAGGUAGGUGGCAACAUAGCGUGUGCAGGACGUCACGAGCAGGGCGUACGUGUGUCGGGGGAGGGAGAGCAGGGAGGGAUGUGAGCCACGGCACUUUGUCUGACGCACUGACUGGGCGCGCACCCUUCGACAGUUAAUGACUCGAGGCUUAGUGUUUCUGCUGCCUCCAUGUGUGGGACACGCUUCGAGAGGUCGUUUCGACCUUGAACUACGCUGCCUCCAACCUAGCCGAACCGAAGACAACAACAAACAAGCUUGCAGCCUGCGACAGGGCGAGGAGGUGAGACGUCGCCGUCCCAUACCGGCUCACGUCAUGUGACCGAGACCGAGGCCUGAAGCCCCUGGGGUACGCAGGGUAUUUUUGGUGCUGACAAAAGACACACCCGCUUCAGAGAUGAAGUUCAAACUACCGGAAGUAGAACCCACGACUCCACAGACAACAAAAAUUCGGAGCUCAACCUUCGGCAAUCUACACAAGGCCCAGCGGGUCGCCGCAGUGGAGGGUCUCUACGGCAACCAGGCAGGGGCCAACAAUUCCAGCAAACAGCAAACUUCAACGGGAAAGCCCAAGCACCUUCAUCAAAACCACCUUGCCUACAUCACAGACAACAAGCUGCUAUCCACAGCUACAUCGACCACGCUUCCGCAUUUAAACCCUGGGGAGGGCGCUGGACGACACAUCCACGGCAAGUAUCACCAGGACCAUGGCGAGUUGCAAGGAGCGGCCACCCUUCCGCAUCUUCACCCCAGCGACAGCGUCACCAACACGAGCGGCAUACACAGCUCUUCGUCCUACACCGCGGUGCCCUCCGGCCUCCACUCCGACCGUAGCAGGAAAGAAGACAACAGCCACCGAUCCCACGUGACUCCCUCAGAUGCUCUCAGGCUGUACCGGGGCAAGAUGUCUGCUUACGAGCAGACGGAGAUCUUGGACUUUCCGGAGGUCUACUUCCUGGGUCUGGAGGCCAAGAAGAUCGACGCUACCCCCGGCGCUGCCUCCAACAAUGGUUAUGAUGAUGACAGCGGUUCCUACAUAAAGGUGCUGCACGAUCACCUGGCAUACCGUUAUGAGGUGCUGGAGGUGCUGGGCAAAGGUUCCUUCGGGCAAGUGGUCAAGUGUUACGACCAUAAGACUGACCUCUUAGUGGCAGUGAAGAUCAUUCGCAACAAAAAGAGAUUUCACCACCAGGCGUUGGUUGAGGUGAAACUUCUGGACUCCCUUCGCCGCAAAGACAAGGACAACCAGUUUAACAUCAUCCAUAUGAUUGAGUACUUCUACUUCCGCAGUCACCUGUGCAUCACCUUUGAACUCCUCGGGAUAAACUUGUAUGAGCUGAUAAAGAAGAACAACUUUCAAGGCUUCACCAUCACCCUCAUCCGGCGUUUCGCCUUCUCCCUGCUACAAUGCUUAAAGCUGCUUCAGCGAGAGAAAAUUAUCCACUGCGACCUUAAGCCUGAAAACAUUUUGCUGCGACAAAAGGGCCAGAGUACAAUAAAGGUCAUUGACUUUGGAUCCAGUUGUUAUGAGCAUCAACGAGUGUACACUUAUAUUCAGAGUCGCUUCUACCGUUCACCGGAGGUGAUUCUGGGUCUGCCCUACUCUAUGCCCAUUGACAUGUGGAGCCUGGGAUGCAUCCUGGCAGAGCUGUACACGGGAUACCCACUGUACCCUGGCGAGAAUGAAGUGGAACAACUGGCCUGCAUCAUGGAGAUACUCGGAAUGCCUCCUUCAUCCCUUCUGGACCAGGCCACGAGGCGUCGACUUUUCUUCGAUUCCAAAGGUAACCCGCGGUGUCUGACGAACAGCAAGGGCAAAAAGCGAAGAGUGGCCUCCAAGGACCUUCAGCAGGCCAUCAAGACUAGCGACGCCAACUUUCUUGACUUUGUGCGCCGUUGCCUUGAGUGGGAUCCGAACCUGCGCAUGACACCCGAGGAAGCCCUGCAGCACGAGUGGAUUAAGGAAGCAUGGGGUUCGCGGCGAGACCGCGUUUCACGCGCCCUCAACAAACGGUCGUCAGCCCAGUCUCCCGACUCCUUAUUCCUCCAUCCCGGCCAUCCCCACCAUCAGUACGGCGCGGCCGGACAGGUGGACCCGUUCAAAGCACCCACCCAGCUGCCAGGAAAAGACAAACUCAGAUCCGAUGACUGGAAGGUCAGCAUGAAGGAGCGCAAGAGCGCCAACUACAAGACACUACGCCAGAGGGAGCCACCGGUAGGAGCGUCUGCUGAGACUGUUGAGGAUGGUGAGACAGAUGCAGGCGCCAGUGACAAAGGAGGUAAAAAACUCUCGGAGACUGCGCAGCCUGUGGUGGAUCAGAUAGAUGAGCUUAACCCGGCUGGCGGUGCUGAUGGCAAGUCGGGUGUAGACUUUCAGAGCCAGGAAGCAGAGGGUGCCAGUGGUGAAGUGGACACUUUUUUCCCGCCAAUCUUCAAGUGACAUACUCUACAUAUCUACAGCAGUGUCUGGCUGCUCGCUGAGGAUUAAUCGAAAAGAACGGCAUUUUGUGCUUGCGCACUGGCACACACCUACUUUUUUUCGCAUGCGUUCCUCAAAAUGAUUGUUUGUUUCUCGUCGGAAUGAAGAAAAAGUUACUUUUUGUCAGUCGUUUAUAAUCACCACGCAAGAGGUGUCUGAGUUCAACAUGCCGAUAUAGAACAAGAAAUGGACAUUUUUAUGUUGCAAGUCAUUAGCUCUGCAAUAAUUAUGCUGUGGAAAUACUGUGUGCUGUCUGAGAAGAUUUGAUACCUGCAGUCAUGCAACAUCUUCAACAGCUCGGUAACAUGUUGGUGAGGGCCGAGGUGGUGGUCACAGAAUUCCACCACACUCUACUGACAGCAUCUGUUAGGGACUGCUUUUGUUCAGCAACAACCAGGAAAUUUGCGUAUCCCGUGGGGUCCUUCACGGCUCUGCAUCCGUAGUUUUUCUCCUUCUUCGUCUUUUGGUCUCCACGGAGCCUUGCUAUUGCUCUCGCCGUUUUCUUCAUCAUUGCCUGCUCAUUACCUGCCAAGAAACUGCGCCACGUAGAAUAAACACUCCCUGUUUUGCGCUCAGCAUCCUUCCCGAACAAUGAAUUAUCUCCGUGCACUAUUGCCUCCUGCCACGGAGAUUUGCAACAACUUUUCCGUGCUGUGCCUGACACAUCAUUCUGUUAGCGCACAUCAUCUUAAUAAUCCUGGUUAAGAACUUUGCAUCAAAGAUGUUGUCUCUUCUGGGAUCUGUUUACUAAACUUUUGGACACGUACUUCGUCUCGAGAAUGAGAACUGAACUUUUCAAAAAUCUGUCCAAGGGCCUAAUGCACGAAGCGGGACUAUGCCAAAGUCCGGGACUACGAGUGUGCAAGAAAUUCCGUGUCGUUGACUGAAGAUCGUAACAAAAGGUGUGCAGCACAGCAGUUUCCCUGUUGCUGAAGUCCGAGAAGUGAGAACACGCAAUGCCCGUUUUAUGUUACGGGGUUUGUUUGUUGUUGUUUUUUCAGCCAGCAGAGCACAGAGUCGGACUUCGGCCUCGCUUCAUUAAUUAGGCCUCCGCUGUCUUCCGAGCCAGGAAGUCUUCUCAAGACAUACAGGAGGUUAACAUGUCUAUGGAACCAGUACUCCUUGUCUGCAUUUCCUCCUGCCUUGGCAUGCCUGUCGACAUCGCUAGAACGCCGCAUUCAAAAAAGAUAAGGCAGCUUGAAGCGACCGUCCUUACAAGAUGAUUCCAUUUCCUCCUUUUAUUCCAGUACACUUUUUUUUCAAGGCGUGGUUAUUUGUCCUUACGCACACAUCGCACAGGAGCGUUUCAUAUGAUGCGGCUGUUCUGCAUGCCUGGAGUCAGUUGUAUGCAUCCUUCAAGAAAAACGUACAAACUCCUUCUCCUCCUUGCUUACUAAGUCAUCUCCUGACACCCGGCGUGCCGCAGUCAUCGGGAGAAUUAAAAAAAAAACAACUUUGUUUCCAAUUUUCACGGAUUCUCAGGGAAAUGUGUGUGUUACAGUCCGUCAUUUCCCGAAUCACAGGUGUGCACCAUGUUUCCUCUUCUGUUUCGCGGACAGUGCUCACUGCUGCUGUGGACAAAAAGCCUUUCCCAUCGUGGUUGGCAGUGUGCUUUAUUUCACAUCUUUGAGCCCUUGCAGGUAUCUUCAUGAAAAGUUAUUAAUUUACAGUGCUGCUACACCUAUGUGACUGGAGCAAUACUGUCGCCGGAUAAUAAUCACUGUUACUCCACUACUGUGUUGCUGAAGAGAAGCUGGUCUAUUUUUUGCAACAGUAUUAUUGUACAUAACGAUUAACUCAGGGGGCCUUUGUUUCGUUUUGGGAAAGAUCUGUCCUCCGACAAUAGUAUCAAUGCUUGAAACGUAUGUUUUCUGUGAACCCUGCAGCUCUAGAAUCCCGCUAGGUUUCUACCCGAUAUGUCCAAGUAACACAAACAGGAAGGCGUUGUGAGAGGACGUCGUUGUAUUUACGAGUCCAGAUCUCAGUCACUGGCCAUUCUGUUUAUCGACGAAGAUCUCGUUCUCAAAACACAAACAGCAAUGCAGCUGAAGGAUGCCGCAGGGCAGUGCUCGAGAACCCGUGUGUCUUUGCUUGGUUUUCUCUUCUCUCGGGUGGAUCUGGCAAAAAAACCAAAACUAAAACAAAUGUGCGCAUGUUACUGCCCCAAAGCAAAAAGGAAAAGUGGCAGCGACCCGUGGAUUAGUGGGAAGAAAAAAGAAAACUAUCAGAGUCUUAAUUACUUCGGUGUAUAUGCCUAUUCUGCCAUAAACAUAUUUAUGUUUUUAUAUAGAUAUAUAAUGUCAGGCGUUUUGAAAAAUGAUUUUCUUUCAGGCAAACA